AUGCAACAGUCAGUCACCCCACAUCCUCUUUAGGGGCGCUCAAAUUCUUCCGGAAGGCUGACCACAAAUCGUCUCCUGUCUCACGUUGGGUCCUAUCACCUCUACGUGCUGUACCGCAUCACCUCUCACACAACCUUAUCAACGUCGGACCCCCAACAGCAUCCCUGAAUUCCUGACCGGCGCGCGGUACCAAGCGACCGACUCGCUCAAGCCCUCCUGGUCCGCAGCGUACGACAUCAAAUCUGUGGCUCUCUUCUUCCACCCUUCCUACACCCACCUCCGAGCGAACCGCUCCCCCCGCGAAGGCGCGCUCGUCGUCCGACUCGAGACGCUCGACCGAAGGACCUGUGAAACUCUCGACCGAACCAGCGCGCCUCCCAGUGCGGACCAAGCUCCUCAAUACGUGUUGACGAUUGCGGAUAACGAGAAGGGGGAGUUGAAGGCUUUCGAAGGUGUCAAGGGGUGGCGCAGGAGCCAUCGACACGAGGUCUACGACUCGUUGAACGUGGCCCAUGGCAAGGGGGUGCAGAACGAGGCACCUAAAUUCGCCGUCAUCCAUGGUCAGUCGCACCAGAUAUGGUGGGAGUCUAUCGGGCGCCUUGACGCUGAUCCUCUUUCUUUAAUCCUGUAACCUGUUCAGAAUUCGACGACGAGUCCUACGCCAAGACCGAGGCGUUCAAGCAAGCGACCGAGGGGCGCAAGGAAGUCAGGAGGUGGAAAUUGUAUAAAGCCACGCCAAACACGGCCCCGGCCAAACAGUAG